CUCACGACGCUAUAGGGACUCUGUGAGCCUGGUGUUUCUAUUCUAUCACAAUCAACCGAUCGGCGUCCGACCUGCCACCCAGCCACACUCCACUCUGAAGAACUGUCUGACAUCCCUACACACACCGGUCCAUCCAUCGCCUACAUCUGCACACAAGCAUCCAGCAGAUGCGCGCAGCAUCGCGGAAGUGACAACUGCCAGUCAGUCAACGACAUGCAGAGAUCAACAGCUACCUGGAAGGCCAGAAAGAACGACCUACAUCGAUGGAUACAUUCACCCGACAGCACCAUUCCCUUUGCCCGCCCUCGAGCUCCUCUGUUGCCAAAUCGAUCGAUCGGUGAGUCAGUCAGGCACAUUCACUGAGAUCGAUGCCCUCACUCUCACUCACAGAAUCGCCAGCAACCUAUACUCACGGUACGACGUCGCGUGUCUCCCCUCCGCCGGGACAAUGACCCGCCGCACCUCGCCCACACGCAUGUCCGUCCACAUCGCCUGGAGCCACUCAGCCCAGUCAGACAUGCGAUAAUCCCGCCCACGGGGGCAAUAGUACUCGUUGUGUUCGCCGAAGUAGUCACCCCACUCGAUCAUAUCGAUCUUGACGGUCUGGUCACGUGUGGGUUUGGGGCCGCUGCCCUCCUUGACAAUCUUGUACUGCACUCCAGACGGCAGCUGUGUGAAGCCCACAGGAGUCCUGGCAAAGAAAAUAUCAGAGAGGGGAGGAUGAGCAGCAUAGACAAAGUGAGUGCCAUGCCACUUGUGCGUGUUUCUCACCCGUCGUCCAUGAUGCUGAUCAGCCGCAGCUCGAUAUACUUCCCAUCUGGCGUGUCUGUCACGAUGAGGCGCCUAAGCUCGCCCUCGCGCAUCGACAGUAUCGCCUCACGGUAAACUUCAGACAAAUCCGACACGCGAACCGUCCGCCCACGGCGACUGGUGGUCGUGUACUUGUAGAAGCCAUGACUCCACUCGACGUACUCGUACUUGACGUGCUGGGUGAGUGUGGGGUUGGGUCCACUGCCCUCUUUGACGACUUGAUGAUAGGCGCCAGAGGGAUACAGGGUGAAGCCUUCGUGGCUGCUGUCAUCAUUGGGCGACGUCGUAGCUGCUGCUGGUGGCGGAGGUGGCGGCUGGGUGCUGCUGUCUUGCUGCUGGAGAGCUUGAGGGCCUUGCUCCAUGCUGACAGUCGACCUGACAACAAAGGAGGGGCGCCAGGAAGGACAAAGAUGAAAGCCAUGACCCACAGCGACGCUCACACGCGUGUGUGACUUUGUGUGUGUGUGUGUGUGUGUGUAUGUGAGGCACCCGUUGACAAUGCAAACGAGCUGCAGCUGUUCGUAUCCCUCAAUUCUCUUAUUAUCUGACAGUAUGAUUUGCCUGACCUCCCCCUCGCGCAUCGACAGCAAUCCCUCACGGAGCCACCCAUUCCCAAAAUCAGACAGACGAUACUCCAGCCCAUAGACCUUGUAGAAAUCGUCGUUCGUGUCAAAGCCGUUACUCCACGAAAUCCAGUCGUAUUUGACGGUGUCGUUGAGUGUUGGCACACUGCCGGUGCCCUGCCGCACGACCUUGGAGAAUGCACCAGAUGGUUGGCGUACAAAGCCGUCGGAAAUGGCGUUGCCGUUACGUGGUGCUGGGUGAGGCAGCUGCCUUUGAGGUGACCUGACGAGCGAGUCAGGCAGAGUACACGGGCAAAGUGACAUCCAUGUGGCACACGCGCUCGUGCGUGUGUAUGUGUGUGUGUAUACCCAUCGAUAAUCUUGAUCAACCGCAGCUGCGCAAAGCCGUCCUCUACCCCCCUUAGCCCAAGUAUUUGCCUCAUCUCCCCCUCACGCAUCGACAGCAACAGGUCAGCAACGGGCGAGUCCGCCUCCCGGAGAUAAGUCUCCCAGCAACGGAUAUCGACCCAGGUGUCAUUGCCGUCGAAGGCAUCCCGCCAAACAGUCAAGUGCCACUCGACAGCCUGGCUGAGUGUUGGCGCAUGGCCGGUGCCCUCUUGCACCACCUUGUAACGAAGACCAAGAGAUGGAUGUUCCACGAAGCCAUCGUCGGCCGUGUUCUCCCCUUUGCCGGCCGCCGCCCCUUCAUCUGCCGCUGGUCUCGCUGCUGAGGUUGGUGCGGGUGCUGGUGGCUGAUCGCCUUCCUUAUUCUCUUGACCUUUGUCGGUGCCCAUAGCCGACCUGAACACCAGCACCAAGUCGGGGAUAAAGCACACCUGCCUUGUGUGUCUGUGUGUGUAGGUCACUCACGUGUCGGGUUCGAUGCAGAACUUGAUGUGCGAGUGGAAUGACGGCUUGAUGGCCAACCGCUGACCAUUGACGUCAAACUCAUAACCGCCUUUGCCAUCACCAUGGACCAACUGACCAUCCAACAGCCCAACAGGUUCUCCACUCAUGGCGGCAACACACCGCCCUACACACACACACACACACACACACACACUCAGAGUGACGUUCACUUCAGCGAGAGAUCUGUAUGUGUGUCGGUGUUGGCUGACGUCCUCUGAGUCGGCUGUUCCGGUGGAAGACAUCCAGCCGUGAUAUGAGCUGCAUCUGCGGCUGCAGUGGUGCGAGUGGUGGUCGCACAAACCCACAGAUAGUCGCCCAGGGCACCAACAGGACGCCAAACAGCCACACGACCAUCUCACGACAGUCACGACACACGCCCGAUUUGUCGCUUGUUCUCUGCUGUUGAUGAAUCAAAU